GCCGAAUCAUCUGUCCUGCCCGGACUACUGGAAGCGGCCGCAACGCCAUGUUGGCGAAGUCUCUCAUCUCUGUAAGGAAAAAAAUGAUGGAAAACAUACUUGUCGAGAAGAAAAGGUAGAUCGCCGAGGAAGGCUGAAGACCGUGGCGGUUAUUUAUUUUGAACGAAACGAACCCAACCGGAUCCGCGGAGGUUCCGGACGGACGAGGGAGGCUAAACCUCCCACCGUCCCCAUGAAUAGCACCGCUGAUCCGAGCAGCGACUUUCCAUGAAAAAAAGACGUUUGUGUUGCUAUUCGAGCUUCGUUAUCCCACUUCGUUAAAAGGGAUUUGGGGCCUGCUUCAAGAUAUCGCUUCGCUUGCUAUAUGUAUGCAAGCUAGGCACUGUUUGUACCAGUAUUUAUUAAGGUGUUGUUUUUAUUUGUUGAUUUUUUUGCAAUGAGUUUGCCACCGAAAGUGGUCCUCAAACAAGCCGCUGUCGCAGUUAGCGGACCUGGAAGUGGCCCCUCUCCGUCGAGCCAACUGCGGGCUCCCCUGACCUCCGUGUCUCUACCGCCGGGAGCCCCAACAGCUCCACAGCCCGGCGCUGUGCCGCAACCUCAACUCACACGGGUUCAGCCAUCACUGGAUGACCGAAUCUUCUCAACACAGACUGGAGUCACUGCAGUCUACAGCGUACCCAGGCAUGCUGGCCCACCUUACACUGCUCAUGACAUCACAAAGGGACACCCUAAUUUGGCGGGUACCCCGCCCGGUCAUGCCCACUCCCCGGCGCUCUCUCAGGUAUCCGUAGCCACAGCUUCCCAAUAUCGCUACCCAAAGGGCUGGGAGACAGGCGGAGGGUCUCCUUACAACCCUGGUCAAAAUGCUGUCUCCGCCCCUCUAGUGUAUACUACGCAGACGCAGCAAAUAAAUGCACAGCCACAGAGUCGCCCGUUUGCUACGGGCCCUCGACCAACCCAUCAUCAGGGAGGAUUCAGGCCCAUUCAGUUUUUCCAGAGGGCUCAGAUGCAGACUGCAAGGCCCACCAUGCAGACAAACGCGGCUUCCAUACGGCCUGGCUCGCAGACUCCCACAGCGGCCGUCUACCCCACAAAUCCACCAAUCAUGAUGACCAUGCCACCCAUGCCUUUCCCCUCCCCACAGGCUGCACAGUACUACAUCCCACAGUAUCGCCACAGUGCACCCUAUGUGGGAGCUCCUCAGCAGUAUUCUGUUCAGCCCCCGGGAUCUGGCACCUUCUAUACUGGUCCAGGUCCAGGGGAAUACCCUUCUCCAUAUCAUCCCCUCAGGUACCCCCCACCUGUCUCACCCUCUGUUCCUGCUCCCGUUCCCACAGCUGGUCCACCUUAUUACCCUGGACAAACUGUGUACCCCCCCUCACCCCCCAUCAUAGUGCCUACACCACAGCAACCUCCACCAGCCAAGCGCGAGAAGAAAACAUCCUCCCAGAUCCGUAUCCGGGACCCCAAUCAGGGUGGCAGGGAUAUCACAGAGGAGAUCAUGGCAGGGGGUUCAGGAAGCAGGAAUUCAACUCCUCCUGUCGGUCCCCCCUCUUCUACCCCCACCCCACCACAGCAGCAGCUGAGCAGCAGCCAGACCCCAGAGCAGCAGCAGCCAUCGCAGCCUCAGUCUCAGCCUCAGUCCCAGUCCCAGCCUCAGCCUCAGCCUCAGCCUCAGCCUCAGCCUCAGCCCCAACCUCAGCCUCAGCCUCAGCCUCCUCAACCACAGCAGUCCAUUCUUGGAGGCUACACAGUGGAACCACCGCAGCCCCAACACCCCCAACCUCCUCAACCGCCACAGCAGUCGGUGACAACAGCGGCUUCAGACAGCAAACCAGGGCCAGAUGAUGCACCAAAACUGGAGCCUGUUAUCCAGAAGUCUUCCUCACCUGGCCUUGUGCAGCCUGAAGCCCCUGUGGAGAGAGUGGAGGCAAACACACCUGUAACUGAGCCCACUUCUGCUAGUGAACAAGAGCUUCCCUUCCCUGCCUCACUACCCACCCAUGUUAACCUCCCACUUACAGUGGCCAACACAAGUGAACGUUCCUCAGCCAGGGAGUCCACUGCUUCUGCCUCUUCUUACUUGUCUACGGUUGGGGAGCAGAAGCCCUCUUUGGCAACACCUCAGACUCUCAACACAGACAAGCUUCUUUGUGACGCCCCAAGAACUUUGGCUGCUUCGCCUGUGUCAGCCGCCAAAGCUUUAAAUGGCCUUGCAGAGUCUAGGACUGAGCUAGACACCGCAGCUCAUGAGUCUUCAGUUAUGUCCUCUGCUGCUCUCCAGCCACAGGCCUCUGCCCCUGCUUACAGAGAGGUCACUUUCUCUGAAACUCUGCCUUCUGAUGUGAGGCCAGAGGUUCCCAUUGCUGCUGUGCUCGCCUCUAUGGCACCUGUGGCUGUGGUGCCAGUCACCCUGAGCUCAAGCCCUGCCCCGGCUUUGCCAGUUAUGCUCCCCCCUGGACUUCCGCCUCUAGUGCAGGCCACAACAGAGGCCGACGAGCCUAGCAAACCCUUAGACACUAAAGAGCUUGCUCCCAGAGUGGGUACUGAGGCACAUAGUGGCAUUACUGACAGCAAAACAGAGUCCCAAAAACAGACUCUCAUCAGGAAUAGUCCCACUACAGUAAAUCAAAUGGCUUCUGCAAUACCAAAGACCUGGAGGAAACCAAAUGAAGAGAUUGGGGCAGCAGACGGACCUCAAAAGGAGGACAAGGAUGAGCCGAUGUCAGUGGAUCCUCCUGCAGGAGACCAGGCCCUGCAGUCUGCUCCACUGAGAAACAGCCCAGUGCCCCUGCCAUCAGUCUUCGCUUCCACCCCUGCUGCAGCUUCUGCCAGCAGCCUGGAGGCUGACAGAAAGUCUGUAACCCCAGAGGAGAAUGGGGAAACUGAGAUGGAGCCCAUGAGGAACGGAGCCGGCCACACCUCAGAGACAGAAAGCAGUGACAGUGGAGCCGCCCCUGGAGACAAGGAAAACUCCACAGGGGCUGCGCAAGAUAUAGAAGACCUGUCUGACCCCAGUGGAAAGCGUCAGUAUAACCGGGACUUCCUGUUGGGUUUCCAGUUCAUGCCUGCCUGCGUACAGAAGCCUGAGGGACUCCCGCCAAUCAGUGAUGUGGUGCUGGACAAGAUGAACCAAAACAAGUUGCCAUCUCGAGUAGUGGAUUCAAGGGUGAUUUCCAGAGGACCUGAUUUCACACCUGCCUUUUUGGCAGAUUUUGGCAGACAGAUGACUGGAGGACGAGGCGCUGCACUCAUGAACAUUGGAGCUCGACGGCCUCCACCAAGAAAGAUCAUCAUGAACUUGUCAGUGCACGAUGAUGUUCAGCUGAACAAAUCAGAAAAUGCCUGGAAACCAGGCCUGAAGAGGGAGGGCCCCAUAGAUGAUCCCGAGAUGCUUCGGACAAAGGAUCUCUUCAAGAAGGUCCGCAGCAUCCUGAACAAGCUUACGCCUCAGAAGUUCAACCAGCUGAUGAAGCAGGUGACAGACCUGACCAUCGACACAGAAGAGAGGCUCAAAGGUGUCAUUGACCUGGUUUUUGAGAAGGCCAUCGAUGAACCCAGCUUCUCUGUGGCCUAUGGAAACAUGUGUCGCUGUCUCGCUACGCUCAGAGUGCCCACCACAGACAAACCCAACAACACGGUGAACUUUCGCAAGCUGCUGCUUAACCGCUGUCAGAAGGAGUUUGAGAAAGACAAGGUGGAUGAUGUGGUGUUUGAGAGGAAGCAGAAGGAACUCGACUCUGCUGCAUCGACAACGGAGCGUGACCGUCUUCAGGAAGAGCUGCAGGAAGCCAAAGACAAGGCCCGGCGGCGCUCCAUUGGCAACAUCAAGUUCAUUGGCGAACUCUUCAAGCUCAAGAUGUUAACUGAGGCCAUCAUGCAUGACUGUGUGGUCAAGCUACUGAAGAACCACGAUCAGGAGUCUUUAGAGUGUCUGUGCAGGCUGCUUACCACCAUUGGCAAGGACCUCGAUUUUGAGAAGGCCAAGCCUCGAAUGGAUCAGUAUUUCCAUCAGAUGGAAAAAAUCAUCAAAGAGAGGAAGACAUCGUCUCGGAUACGGUUUAUGUUACAGGAUGUUAUAGACCUAAGAUUGCACAACUGGGUGUCCAGAAGAGCUGACCAGGGCCCGAAAACCAUCGAGCAGAUCCACAAGGAAGCCAAGAUUGAAGAGCAAGAAGAGCAGAGAAAAGUGCACCAGCAGUUGCUUUCCAAGGACAGCAAGAGGCGGCCAGAUCCAAGAGAGCAACGAGAGCAAAGAGAUCAGCGCGUCCAGAGAGAGGAGACCUGGAACACUGUGCCAAUGACAAAGAACAGCAGGACCAUCGACCCUAACAAGAUCCCAAAGAUCUCCAAGCCUCAAAUGGAUGAGAAGAUCCAGUUGGGCCCACGGGCUCAAGUCACAUGGGUGAAGGGCAGCAGUGGAGGAGCCAAGGCCAGCGAGUCAGAACUGUCACGCACAGCUGGCCUCAAUCGUUUUUCUGCGCUGCAGUCCACGCCUUCAUCUCAAGCCUCCACCACACCUCCACAGAACCAAGACUUUGACGCCAGGAGGAGUCUUGGAAGCCGUAGCAGUACAGGCAGAGAGCGCAACGACAAGCCGCUGAUCUCUGCCCCACCACUGUCGCGGCCUGACCCCUUCAUCAGGGGAAGCAGUGCAAAAGAGCUGCUAGAGAGCCAAACUCCAGAGGAGCCACGCAGAGACCGGGAGCGAGAGGGAGCUGAGCCCCGGAGGCCGAGUGUCACAGAGGAAAAAACUGAGCCAGAGCGCAUCAGAGUCAAAGAGCCUGUGAAACCUGAGCCUGUGGUCCAGAACCCAGACAAACCAGUCCUGUCUGAAGAGGAGAUUGAGAGGAAGUCCAAGUCCAUCAUCGACGAGUUCCUGCACAUUAACGAUUACAAGGAGGCUGUCCAGUGUGUGGACGAACUUGAUUUGGGUAUUCAACUGCACAUCUUUGUAAGUGUCGGGGUGGAGUCAACUCUGGAGCGCAGUCAGAUCACACGUGACCACAUGGGCCAGCUCUUCUUCCAGCUCGUACAGAAGGGAAUCCUGCCCAAACUGCAGUUCUACAAAGGGUUUGCAGAAACGCUGGAGCAAGCAGACGACAUGGCCAUCGACAUUCCCCACAUCUGGCUGUACCUGGCUGAGCUGCUUGGCCCUGUGCUGAGGGAAGGGGGCUUCUCUAUGAGAGAGCUCUUUAGUGAAUUAAGCAAACCUUUGCUUCCUGUGGGAAGAGCUGGGAUCUUAAUUUCUGAAGUACUGCACAUACUAUGCAAACACAUGAGCCACAAGGCUGUGGCCUCUUUGUGGAGGGAAUCUGGUCUCAGUUGGGCUGACGUUCUACCCGAGGAAGAGGAUGUCCAGGCCUUCAUCUCACAACAGAAACUCCCGUUUCUUCAGUCAGACAGCUCCAGCUCUGAGGCAGUUAUGUCUAAAAAGACUUUGUCUCCAGAGGAGCUGAGACGCCAGCUAGAGAGACUCCUCCUGGAGGACAUGGCCAGUGACGAGCAGAUCUUCGACUGGGUGGAGGAAAACCUAGAUGAAUCUCAGAUGAGCUCGUCUCCCUUCCUGAGGGCUUUGAUGACAGCUGUGUGUAAGGCAGCAGUGAAGGAUGAUAACACCAACUGUCGAGUGGACACGGCCAUCAUUCAGAUGAGAUUGCCUGUAUUACUCAAGUACCUUAACUCAGACACUGAGCGACAGCUGCAAGCACUUUAUGCACUUCAGGCGCUGAUCGUCGCCCUGGAUCAGCCUCCGAACCUUCUCCGGAUGUUCUUUGACUGUCUGUAUGAUGAGGACGUCAUUUCUGAGGACGCUUUCUACAUGUGGGAGACGAGCAAAGACCCCGCCGAGCAGCAGGGUAAGGGCGUGGCCCUCAAGUCUGUUACAGCCUUCUUCACUUGGCUGCGGGAGGCAGAGGAGGAGUCGGAAGAUAAUUGACAAGGGAGACAUCCAGGGACAUGACGUAGUAGAACUACAUCCUUAAAGCAGAACAAACGUUCAAAAUGGUUGCGUGGGCAGGACGACAUGUUUACGGCUGGAAUUUUUUUUCUGCGGUACGGUUCUGAAACAUGCCGCCAUUUUGAGUUUGGAUUUCAAUGGCGGAAGCACUAAAUACCUGUAUUAUACAUAGAAAAUAUUUUUGUUUUAAAGUUUAACUUACUUUCCUUUUGUUACUUUAUAAGAAGAGACUUAAAAGAUACCAUGGUUCUGGACUCUUUAAUUUAUUAUUUUUUUAAGGACUGCAAAUAUGAAAGUUAUUUAACAUUUGCAGAUGCUCACAACAACAGAACAGAAAUAACAAUAUAAUUAAUUAUAAUAACAAAAUAAUAAUUGUGAAAUGAGUACCCUCCCUGGACUCCACACUGUUUGGUUUAAAACAGGGUUAAACAAAAUCAUUUUGGGAUGAAGGGGAAGCGGUCAUUAAGAAGCAGAGUGGAUGCAGAUGAACUGUCAACGUUUUUCGUGUAUGACGUUUGAGGUCAAGGGUUGUAUCCUAAAACCCAAUAAGCCGUGACUUGUUUUGCAUUGAUAUGUACAUACACCUCAUGAGAGGUAGAGGUAUGCAUUCAAGAACCAAUGCAAGUCAGUGACAGUCACAGAACUGUCAAAACAAUCGCAGAUGAACAAACCACAUACAUUCAACUGAAAUAAGCAAAAAUGCAACUUUAAAAAGCAAAUGGCCAGGUUCGCUGAACAAGACAUGCUUGUUGUACUUCAGACCUACAGAGCAGAAUCAGUGCUUGUAAAUACAUUAAAGACAAAAAAGGUGUUUAAAAAUG